UUUAAAUAAUUUUUUCAGUUUACUGGUUUUCGCAUGUUUCGUUAUGUUUUGCCUGGUGCACCAAACUUUACAGUUGAGACCUUUGCAAUUACUCGUUUUGGCUCUUUUCGUAAACGUCCAGAACAUGAAAAGAAAUUUGUUGAUGCAAUUAAAAAUUUUGUUAAUUCUGGGAAUGUUAAGGGGGGAGGGGGGAUUACAACAAUUGAAAGUAAUUCUGCAACUACAACAACAUCAACAUCUGCUGCUAAAAAUUGUGGAAUUUGGAGUUCUAGUAAUGAAGGUCUUCUUUGGAUGAUGGCAGAAGAAUUGAAGCAACUUAAUUUUGAAGAUAGGGAGAAAUUUUUUUGAUUUAAUUUAAAGUAAAUAUCUA